CUAGCCGGCCAAUAGACGGCUGUCACGUGAUUCGGUCAGGUGCUACUCUCCCUGUCACGUGACCGGCAGAACCUACUGCGGGGAGCUAUGGAGGAAUAUGCCCGGGAGCCCUGCCCCUGGCGGAUUGUGGAUGACUGUGGUGGUGCUUUUACCAUGGGGAUGAUUGGUGGGGGUGUCUUCCAGGCUGUCAAAGGCUUUCGCAAUGCUCCAGUGGGCGUCAGGCAUCGUCUCAAAGGCAGUGUGAAUGCUAUCAGAGUCAGAGCACCACAGAUUGGAGGCAGCUUUGCAGUGUGGGGUGGGCUGUUCUCCACUAUUGACUGUGGCCUGGUGAAGAUGCGGGGCAAGGAGGAUCCCUGGAACUCCAUCACCAGUGGGGCACUCACCGGAGCUGUGUUAGCAUCGCGCAGUGGGGCGUUGGCCAUGGCAGGUUCAGCUAUGAUGGGAGGCAUCUUGCUUGCCUUGAUAGAAGGUGUUGGGAUAUUGCUGACGAGAUACACAGCCCAGCAGUUCCAGAAUUCCAACCCUUUUGGGGAAGAUCCCAGCCAGCUACCUCCCAAGGACGGCUCACCACCUACAGGAUAUCCAGGCUAUGGACAUUAUCAGUGAAACACUUUGGGGCCAGGGAGAGUUCAGUUUUUGUUGGGGUGGGGCAGGCAUUUCCCCUGAAGCUAUUCAAGACCUUCACUCAACAGUACCAAAAAUAGCACAUGCCUCAUAAUUCAAGGGAUGCGAUUCCUAGAGUUUUCUUGGAGGGAGAGUACAGAAUAUUUGAGCAGUGUAAUGUCUGCCUCUCUCUGAGGGGCCUUUGGGGUUAUGGAAUGAUAUGCCCCAGGAAUACUUCCAUGUGUGCUGAGGGAGCCAGAGCCUACACAGGCUGAAUGGCUAAUAUGAAUCCUAAGAGGAAAUGUCUUAGCUUUGUAGGUUCUGGAUAUGGAUUAACAAUUAAAUGCCUGUGACAAAGGACUUUACACAAAAGGACUCUUUCCCUGGCUUUCAAGUUGUGGGGCUUGUACCGCUUUCUCCGCAUGCUGGAGAGCCAUUCCCAGGUUUGCUUGCAAAAGUCUGUAGGCAGAGCAGCCUGUACCUUGGCUUUUCCCCAGGUCUUGUGUGUAGGUAAGGGGGCGUGAUUGUAGCAAGCACAAGCUGUGCCAUUGUAUCCAGAACCACAGUGCCGUGUUCCCAAAAUAAGCCUCUCUUUAUUCUAGAUCAGACCUCCAAAGGCAGCUUUGCUGCUCCACAUAGUGUCCCCCCCCAAUCGGGCUCAGUCAAUCCCUCUGGCUUUGCUGCCUGCUUGAGGCUGCAGAAACAGUGGGGUUGUCAAAACACAUAUCAGGCUGCAGUAAUAACAUGGCUGGUGGGCUGCAUUCAGCUUAAUGGGUCCCAGGUCGCACAGGUCUGCCCUGGAGCCAAGGUUUACCCUAAUAAUGUGAUGCAUCAGCCUCCAGCAUCUUUAACGUUAUUGACCAAGACAGGUUGGAGGGACAGAGAAAGUGAUAGAGCUUCUGGUCCGCCUACAAUUUCCACCCAUCAUGCUGGAAACCAGCCCUCUAGUUGUGGAUGCAGAAAGAUAUGAAGCUCGUUGUGACUCAGGUUGACCGGAUCCUCUGCAUCUGAGCCAAACUGCCUCCAAUCCUCAAAAAUAAUUGUGGUUGCAGUUUUACAAGUUCUUAAUGCUGGGUCCUAGUGGGCCAUACACCCUUGCCUUUUAUACAAAAGCUUACUAACAUGAGAAAAAUCCUUUUUUAAAAAAAAGAAAUGGAUUUGCUGUGAUGCUCAUUAAAACGGGGUGCAAACCAUCUUUAUAUAUAAAACCAGACCUAGAUAUAGCAGACUUGUUGAACUGCAAAUCCCCUUAACUAUGGCUUGCUUGUGUUUCAAGAUCUUUUAAAAGAAAUGUUGUAUGUAUUAUCUGUUACAGGUGUAAAUACAAAUGGGCUCUUUGGCUUC